AUUCUCUCAAUCCCUCAACUUUCUUUUCUCAUCAAAUCUUGCUCUUACAAUGGAUCUUCUUCUCUUAGAGAAGACCCUCGUGGGUCUUUUCGCCGCCAUCGUUAUCGCCACUGUCGUUUCCAAAUUACGUGGCAAGCGUUUUAAGCUCCCCCCGGGUCCGUUACCGGUCCCGGUGUUCGGAAACUGGCUCCAAGUCGGCGACGAUUUAAACCAGCGGAACCUCGCCGCGCUCGCUAAAAAAUUCGGAGAUAUUCUACUUCUGCGUAUGGGGCAGCGUAAUCUCGUCGUCGUUUCGUCACCCGAGUUGGCCAAAGAGGUUUUACACACUCAAGGAGUCGAAUUCGGGUCAAGAACCCGGAACGUCGUGUUCGACAUCUUCACCGGGAAAGGACAGGACAUGGUGUUCACCGUCUACGGCGAACACUGGAGGAAAAUGAGGAGGAUCAUGACGGUGCCGUUUUUUACUCAGAAGGUGGUUCAGCAGUACCGAUACGGGUGGGAGGAUGAGGCGGCGCGUGUGGUGGAGGAUGUGAAGAAGAACCCGGAAUCUGCCACGAAUGGGAUUGUGUUGCGGCGGAGAUUGCAGCUGAUGAUGUAUAAUAAUAUGUACAGGAUUAUGUUUGAUCGGAGAUUUGAGAGUGAGGACGAUGCUUUGUUUGUUAAAUUGAAGGCUUUGAAUGGCGAGAGGAGUCGGUUGGCUCAGAGCUUUGAGUAUAACUAUGGCGAUUUUAUUCCGAUUUUGCGGCCAUUGUUGAGAGGUUAUUUGAAGAUUUGUAAGGAAGUUAAGGACCGGAGGCUGCAGCUUUUCAAGGACUAUUUUGUUGAAGAACGGAAGAAAAUUGGAAGCACGAAGAGCCUGAAUAAUGACGGAUUGAAAUGCGCGAUUGAUCAUAUUUUAGACGCACAACAGAAGGGAGAGAUUAACGAAGACAACGUUUUGUACAUUGUUGAGAACAUCAAUGUUGCUGCAAUUGAAACAACAUUGUGGUCAAUUGAGUGGGGCAUUGCUGAGCUUGUGAACCAUCCUGAAAUUCAACAGAAGCUGAGGGAUGAACUCGAUAAGUUUCUUGGACCCGGUAACCAAAUCACCGAACCCGAUACCUACAAGCUCCCAUAUCUUCAGGCUGUCGUCAAAGAGACCCUCAGACUCAGAAUGGCCAUUCCUCUACUUGUACCUCAUAUGAAUCUCCAUGAUGCUAAGCUUAACGGCUACGACAUUCCCGCUGAGAGCAAAAUUCUGGUGAAUGCGUGGUGGCUCGCCAACAACCCCGCCGAGUGGAAAAACCCUGAAGAGUUCAGGCCAGAGCGGUUCUUGGAAGAAGAAUCCAAGGUGGAGGCCAACGGAAAUGAUUUCAGGUAUCUUCCAUUUGGAGCGGGAAGACGAAGCUGCCCCGGAAUCAUUCUUGCAAUGCCAAUUCUUGGCAUUACAUUGGGACGUUUGGUGCAGAAUUUCGAGCUCUUGCCACCUCCUGGACAAUCAAAGAUUGAUACUGCAGAGAAAGGCGGGCAGUUCAGUUUGCAUAUAUUGAAGCACUCCACCAUUGUUUGCAAGCCAAGGUCAUUUUAAAUUUACUUUUUUUUUUCCUUCUUUUGUGUAAUGCUGCUGUGAAUGGGAAAUGGUUUUGAAGUAUGUGAGUGGGUGAGAUGAGGUGUGAUAGUGUAUAAAAAAUGUAUGAACUUCAAAUGAUGUUAUCAAUUAAGUUUAAUUUUGCUUUUCA